CAGAGAUAAUUUUUAGCAGAGUGCGCACUUGCACACUGAAACUCUGCUUCCUUCUUCGACUGGUAACUUUCUUGUCCCGGAGAGGUAAAUCAAGCCCACUAAAACGUUUUUCUUAUAACGUUAGAGUUUUUACUUUUUGCUUUUAAUAUACUUUUUUAAACUCCGUGCACAAUAUCAGUGUAAGUUUUACUCAGUAUGCGCAAAUCCUAGUGAAGGAAAUCAACCUCGUACGUUUCUCUGCAAAACGUCAUGUUCAGAACUGGGGGCAAGAUGACCGCGGACGAUGUUUCGUCAAGAUGUAUUGAGUUUAUCAAGGAUCAACUAUAUUUCGCCAUACUUAAGCAAAAGAUCAAGAGCACAGCCGAGCGACACUGUUUCUGCAUAGAUGAAGAGCUGGCAUAUGAGAACUUCUAUGCGGACUUUGGUCCCCUUAACCUGGCCAUGUUUUAUCGCUUCAGUUGCAAGCUGACAAAAAAGCUCAAGUCCAUUACACUCUCAAGGAAGAAGAUCAUAUUUUAUACCUGUGGAGAUCAGAAGAAACAAGUCAAUGCUGCCUACCUAAUCGGCUCAUAUGCAGUAAUGAAUCUAAACAUGAUGCCAGAGGAUGCCUACAGUCUCCUGGUGUCAAGGAAUUCAACAUAUAUUCCAUUCAGAGAUGCUUCGUUUGGAACCUGCAUGUACAAUCUGAACAUCCUAGAUUGCCUUCGUGCUGUUCACAAGGCUCUGCAGUACGGCUGGCUCGACUUCUCCAACUUCGACGUGGAAGAAUAUGAGCACUAUGAGAGAGCAGAAAACGGAGACUUAAACUGGAUCAUUCCAGGAAAGUUCCUUGCAUUCAGUGGGCCUCAUCCAAAAAGCAAAAUAGAGAAUGGCUACCCUUUACACGCUCCCGAGGCCUACAUCCCAUACUUCAGGAAUCAUAACAUCACCACUGUCAUCAGACUCAACAAGAAGAUGUAUGAUGCCAGGCGUUUCACAGAGUCUGGCUUUGAGCAUCAAGAUCUGUUCUUUGUGGACGGGAGUACACCAAACGACUCCAUCGUCAGGAAGUUCCUCAACAUCUGUGAGAAUGCAGAAGGAGCCAUUGCUGUCCACUGCAAAGCUGGUCUGGGGAGGACUGGCACCCUGAUUGGCUGCUAUAUGAUGAAGCAUUACCGCCUGACUGCUGCAGAGGCCAUUGCCUGGAUACGGAUCUGCCGACCGGGGUCCAUCAUCGGGCCUCAGCAGAACUUUGUUGAAGAGAAGCAGAACAGCCUGUGGGCAGAGGGAGAUGUUUUCCGGGAGAAGAUGCUAAAUGAACGUGAGAAUGGCAAGAUGGCUGUAACCAGGAUCUUGUCUGGAGUGGAUGACAUAACUAUCAACGGGAGCAACAAGAACAGGGCAUCCAAGAAAGAAGAAACGGAACUGUACAAUGAUGAAGAGGAGAAAAAUGGCCUCACACAGGGUGAUAAACUGCGAGCCCUGAAGAGCAAGAGGCAGGCCAGAUCGUCCUCAGGUUCACUUUCGCAAGAAGAGAAUAAGAUUCACACCAGGUCAUCAUCACAGUCACUAAGCACAGUCAUCUUGCAGGCCAGCGUCAACCCUUUGGCUCUGUCUGAUCACUCAGACAGCAGGAAGAGGACCAGAACCUCACUGCCAGCCAACGGAGUAGGAGGAAGCUCCCUGUGCCACACCAGACUGGUCAGGUCCCUAGGCAACUUGCAUGUAGUGGCUGGCGACAGAGACCCAAUGUGUUGUGAGCCAUGUGGCAGCCAUAGAGACGCAGCCAGUGCCACAGCCAACACAGGCACUCUCAUCAACUUAAACAUGGCACGGGUCCACCUGCAGACGUACUAUCUCCAGAGGACGUAAAGCUCGCAGCUCUUUGCAAUCAAUUCGAUUUUCCAGGCUAUGUCACUCCAUACCCAAAGCUAGAGCUCCUCUACUUCGGUGAGCCUGCGGAUCUGGAAAUCCUGAGGAAUUUCAUAUGAAAUCCAACUUCUAUACAGUUGUACUACUCUUUCAAUAGAUUUUUAAGUUUGAGAAAACGGUUGGAAUAAAUUUCAACCAACAAGAUGUGACAUGUAAAUCAUUUAUAGAUUGAUUACAAGUUAUUUUACCCGUAAGGCACUUUGGUUUUUAUUUUUUUUUUUUAAACACAGCAUCAUGAAACGAUACUUUUAAAUCAUUGCCUGGUUGUUCCUACUUAUCGAAGCAUGCAGUAGUAAACAUCAGAUUGGACCACAACUAUCAGACUUGCAUGUGAAUAUAUUCCUCCAAAAUGAAUACUGUGCAGCAGAUAUUCUGGUCCAUAAAAUGAGAUUCAUUCAGUGGAAAAAAAAAAAUGUUAAUGAUUUGGCCAGGAGUUUGGAAUAAAAACCUGCUCUUGGUUCUCUAUGGCAAGAGGGUGUAUUGGAAAGGAAAGGAUUCCAAUCACAAGAUAUAGUACUGUGCACAUUUAUAUCAAUUUGCAAUCUAGUUUUUUUUUUUAAUUCCUUUUACUUGUUACUGUAUUUCAAGACUGUAAAUAUGUCUACAUUUGAUAUACUCAGUUUGUAUUUUUUAAAUAUUUUGUACUAUGUUUGAAUCAUGCUAUGAAAUUAGUCAGUGGUCCUAAUGGGGCCUUUUCCAACUCAUGUUCAUAAUCCACUAAAGACAUUUGCUUUAAGCACAGAAUCACAUUUUUUAAAAUAAAAAUGUACUCCCAA